CAAAGCACUGGGAGAUUAGAGUUACCUGAGCAAAAAGACAUCCUGGGCCGGUUUCCUCAAGACCUACCUUUGCACUCAGGCUCACCCAUCAAAAGAACUGAGAAGUCCAGCCUAAGAUGGAUGGCAGUAAUUGCAAAGCUAUUGCCCCUCUCCUCACUCAGAGAUACCGGAGGAUGGUCACCAAGGAUGGCCACAGCACCCUUCAAAUGGAUGGCGCCCAAAGAGGCCUGGCCUAUCUUCGAGAUGCUUGGGGGAUCCUGAUGGACAUGCGUUGGCGCUGGAUGAUGUUGGUCUUUUCUGCCUCUUUUGUUGUCCACUGGCUUGUCUUUGCAGUGCUCUGGUACAUCCUAGCUGAGAUGAACGGGGACCUGGAGCUGGAUCAUGACGCCCCACCUGAAAACCACACUAUCUGUGUCAAGUAUAUCACCAGCUUCACGGCGGCCUUCUCCUUCUCCCUGGAGACACAACUCACAAUUGGUUAUGGCACCAUGUUCCCCAGUGGUGACUGCCCAAGCGCAAUCGCCCUACUGGCCAUACAAAUGCUCCUAGGCCUCAUGCUGGAGGCAUUUAUCACAGGUGCUUUUGUGGCGAAGAUUGCCCGACCGAAAAAUCGAGCCUUCUCAAUUCGCUUUACUGACUUAGCAGUAGUAGCUCACAUAGAUGGCAAGCCCAAUCUGAUUUUCCAAGUGGCCAACAUUCGACCUAGCCCUCUCACCAGCGUGCGGGUCUCCGCUGUCCUCUACCAGGAACGAGACAAUGGAGACCUCUACCAGACCAGUGUGGAUUUCCACCUCGACGGCAUCAGCUCCGAGGAAUGUCCCUUCUUCAUUUUUCCUCUCGCCUACCAUCACUCCAUCACGCCAUCCAGCCCUCUGGCCACACUGCUCCAGCAUGAGAACCCUCCCCACUUUGAGCUGGUUGUCUUCCUUUCGGCAAUGCAGGAAGGCACAGGUGAAACCUGCCAGCGGAGGACAUCCUACCUGCCCUCAGAGAUCUUGUUACACCACUGUUUCGCAUCUCUGUUGACCCGAGGUUCCAAAGGUGAAUAUCAAAUCAAGAUGGAGAAUUUUGACAAGACAAUCCCUCAACUUCCAACUCCUCUGGUCUCUAAGAGCCCAAACAGGACUGACCUGGACAUCCAUAUCAAUGGACAAAACAUUGACAAUUUUCAGAUCUCUGAAACAGGGCUGACAGAGUAAGACUUGCCCAGAACACCCUUCUUUUGUACUGUAUUAAACAUACCCUGCUAGUUAUACAGCUACCUUUGCUUCAUCAUAGCUUUUCCCCUCAACUCUGAUUCCAUCUCUCUGAUGACAGCACGAUAAUCAUGUCUGUGCCCACACAAAAAAAGGCUAAGCUAACUAUACCCAUUCUGGAAGUGUAAAAUCUUAUUUUACGAA